AUGAAGCAAAAUUUCAUUUUGGUAUUCAUUUUAUUGGCUACGCUUUCAAUAGUUAAUGCUCAACUUCAUAAAAGAGCCACUAAAUUUAACCAUGCCCUAUACCUUGUUACUCUUACUGGAAAACUAGACAAGGAUGUACCCGUACUCGCAAAUUCAACAGAUAUAUUGGAGGUUACAAUCCAUGAUUCAGGUGUUGUCCCAUUUACUAUAAAGUUAUGUAUUGCUACGGGAAUUAAAUGUCCAAUUCCAAAAGGAACUGAAAUUAAUACAACAGUGUCAGUUCUAGUACCAGACGCAAAAGACCUAUCUAACGAAUACACAAUUGAGGUUGUUGUUAUUGAUAAUGAAAACAACUUUAAAGCUACUGAAAAUUGCUUUAAACCUGAUACUAAGGUUAUACUUGAGACUGGAGAAGCUGUCCCUAUGUUUUCUAUUGUUGUCGGGGAUAAAGUUUGUGUAGGGUCAAAAAAUGGAAUAUUUGAGUUUUCAGAAAUUUAUCUGAUCUCUCAUUGUGAUCUUGAGCUUAAAGUUUUAAGUGGUAAUCAUAUGGUUCCUGUUCGUGUAGCAAGCGUUUGUACUGAAACUCAUAAUGGUUAUAUUGCACCAUUCACAAGAACUGGUUAUAGUAGCGGACAAUGUAAUUGUUCAUGUUAUGCCACUUGUGCACCAUAUCAAGAGACUAUUCAUGCAAUGCUUACACCAUUACGGUUUACGACAUGGUUUAAGAAGUCUACACAUAAAGGAAAAGAAAUUCAUCCAUAUCUCGGAUUUCUAUAUAAUAGAUAG